GGCAGCCCCGCAGCCCCGGCGGGCGGACGGAGCCGGGAGCCGCUGCGGCAGCGCCGGAGCCCCGAGCCCGCAGCAUCCUCCCCCACUCAAGAUGACGACGGCCAUGCCACUGACCAAUAACACUCAGCUCUCAGUGAAUGUGACCACAAAGUCUCAAGAACAAAAUCUCUAUCAAAGUUCUGGAGCAAUAAUUGCUGCCAUCGUGGUGGGGGUAAUUAUUAUUUUCACAGUGGUUCUGCUCAUCCUGAAAACAUACAACAGGCGCAUGCGAGUGCGGCGGGAGCUGGAACCCAAAGCCUCCAAGCUGGCAGUGCCACCUCCCGUGGGGCACAGCAGCCACAGCCUGGCCCAGCAGCCCUCGGUGACCUUCAUCCCUGUGGACAUCCACCUGCAGAGCAGGUAACUGGGAACUCCCUGCCAGAGAAGAGAUGGAAUUGUUAUCCCAAGGACCUGGGACUCCUCAGCAGAGCAGCACUGGGAACUGCAAGCAGCUGUUAUUCUCUCUGUAAACUGAAAUGAACCCUGGGUUCUUUCUUUGGGAGGAAAAACCAGAGGUCUGGACACUUUUCCUACGACUGAAAUAACAGGUGGAGGUCUAGGAAUCAUCAGGAUGGCAGUGAGGCCCAUCCUGGAUAAACCAGGAAGAGAAGAUGCCCAGGUUUUGUGGAGCUUCUGCUUCCUCAGAGACUUUGAACACUCUCUGUUCUGCUGAUGAACUGGAGGAGAAGUCUGGACAUGCCCCAAAGUCAGUUUGGACCCGAGUUUGUUACAAGUUACAUGCAAGAGGUUUGUGGCUUAUUUUAUACCUGAUGGGUAGUACAGGAGGUAUCAAAAUUGUAUUUAUCUUCACUCAUACUUCAUGUUUCUAAGCUCAUAUAUGUACAGGUUGAGGAAAAAAAAAAGUUACUUCUUAUUUUCAAGUAUUUUUAAACUCUUUCUAUAAACUCUGUAACUCUCAAUUUCCGAAGGAGCUCGGUGUCUGAGGGGUUUCACUCGCAGUUCAGGUUCAUGGCUGGAGCUGUCUUAGAAUGCUUUGUCUUACGCAAAAUCCGAGUUCUUUAACCAAAAAAAAAUAAGCAUGGAAAUAGAAAAAAAACAGCUUGGACAAAGCAAGGGAGGCUCUGUGCAGCCCCAGUGUGCCACUCACCCUGCAAGGUUUUGUUCUCUGGUGCAGCCCAACUAUUUUUAGCCUUUUUUAUUCUUGAAACCAACCCAAAGUGAGGUUGUUUUGUGAGUGUGAGGGCUGGGGGUGUGCAGCAGUGGCACAAAGGAAUUCCCGGGGACACUCACAGCCCACGGGUGGGAACACAGAGACCAUUGUCAGACACUGACUGCCAGAUUGUCUGAGAUUUUCUAGUUCAUGCUUUUUUCCAAUAAGCUUGGAUCUCUUGAGCAGGUCAGUUUGACUAACUGGUAAUUUUUAUUGUGCAGAAACUAAAUUCAAUUACUUUGCAAUAUUUUUUUUUGGCUGAAACUGGAGCACGGUUUGGAUUCCAAACCAAAUAUUGAGACAGCUGUUUGUGAAGUUUCUGAAUCUCCUUGUAAAUAUUUCUCUUGUCCUGGUUCUCUACCUUAUUUUUUGUGGCAGGGAAGAUUGAUUUAAUAAUUCAGAAGGGACAGCAGAUGCACAUCUAAUUUUUUUUCCAAAAAAAUAUAAAUAUCUCAUU